AUGCCAGAGUUCGACGCACCGCUGCCCGCGGCCUCUCGCGCUUCAGGCGGCCCGACUCACGACUGCUCGCGCAGGAGCGGGCGAGGCAGAGACCGUGGACAGGGUACCCGUGCCUCCACCGUCGCCCCAGAUUCCUCCUCUUCUUCGGGUCCAUCUCGAGGCUCCCGUGGACGCGGAGGAAGAGGGCGACGCGGAGGCCUUUCCUACCGCCCUGUCUCUUCCUCUUCUUCCUCUUCUUCAGCGAGGAGUCAGCCGACGUCCUUUGCGUAUUUGUUGCGCGCGUUGUUUGAGCCGGAUCAGCACUCGGACGUCCUUUUUCCCGAGAAUGGAGAGGAGGCCUGUGGAGACUCUCUGGCACAGACGUCGACGGUAGGCGCAGGAAACCCGCGUGAGUCGGGAGGUGCGCCUUCCGCGCUGGAGGGGUCGGAUCGGGCAGGCAGUUCGCUCGAGUGCAUUCUGUGCUACGAGACCUCGUCUUGCGUCGCUGUGGGGUGCUGCCAGCACAUCUGCUGCUGGCUGUGUGGCCUUCGGCUUCGUCUCUUCCCACCCCACAACCCCGUUUGUCCCUUCUGCAAAGGGUCCACGCCGUAUCUGCUGCUCCUUUACCUCCCCUCGCUCGCGCUCUCCGCCGCCUCGGCCGCGCGGUUCUCGGCGCUUCUGGCGCGGAACAGCAUCCCCUCGGUGCUCGCGCGCGGCUUCCUGGCGCCGCCUUUCUUCACGGAGGCCGCGGCGCGGGCCCUCCCGAGUCACUUGCGAGACGAAGCGAGUGCGUUGUGCUUCUCCUCGCCCGCCGUCCGCCGACUCGUCGAAGCCGUCCUGCAGUGGCGCUGCUGGGUCCCGGCCUGCCGCACUCGCUGGCUCCGCGAGUUCGUCUUCUGCGAGGAGCAGGAUCAGCUGGAGAGCCAAGUGCGCCAGGCCCUGAAGCGCAGAAAGGCCGCGCAAGAGGCAGAGGAAGUGACGGUGAAGAGCCGGCGAGGUAGAGGAGGCGGAGACGGGACGCGCAGUCGGGGGAACGAGCAGGGAGGAAGCGGCAGUCCGCCGACGCCGCUCUUUGCGUUUCCCGAAGCCACGUACGCGCCAGACGACCUCCCGUUCGGCGUCUUCCCCUCGCUCCAACAGCUCUCAGCACAUACGCAGCAGUGCCACAGCGGCGACGCUUACUGCAAGGUCUGCGUGACGGGCAGGCCCCAACUGUUUCUCCUCGAACACCUGCUUUACCCCUCAGCGCUCCUCGAUGUCCAUCUCCAGCGGAACGGCGGGAACGACUCUGGACCGCCGGCCGGAAAGACGAAGGCCGCCGACUCCCAGGUGUACGUACACCCCAGAUGCCGCGUCUGCCGCGAGCGCUGUUUGGACGGAGACGCGCUCCUUUUGCACGUGAAGAACAACCACUUCCACUGCGGGUUGUGCGAAGCCGACGUGGCGAACGCGGCGAGCGCGGGGACCCGCGAGGAGAGAGGCAGCGGAGAAGGCCGGCGAGGAGCUGGCAGAGGCAGACCCGAAGUCGGCGGACCUCAGAGGGAAAUCGCAGACGAGAUCCCGGUGUUUGCGACGCUGCCUCUCCUCCAGCAGCACUACCGCGAGCGCCACUUCCCGUGUCCACACACGGAGAGUUGUCCGCUGACCGUUUUCCGGGAGCAAACAGAGCUUCUCGUUCACCUCGCGACCAGGCACAACGCGCCGUCCGCGUCGCUCUCUUCUCACCUCUACGCGUCUUCGUCUUCUCGAGGCCCAGCCGAGGGCGGCUCGGCCAGCAGCGCGCGCGUUGCCGUCCCUCUCGCCUUGUGUUUCAGCUACCGCACCUACAAGCAGGAACAGCAGAGCCGACAACAUCAAGGCCAGGGGGACCGGAGAAGAGGAAUCCAACAAACGCCUUGCAGCAGAGGGCCUGCGCUCCUCGACGUCCCUGACGAACGAGCGGAAGAUCCACCUUCACCCUCGUCUUCCUCUUCUUCCUCGUCUUCCUCUUCUUCAUCUUAUGGGAGUGUGGAUCGAGGAGAUAGAGGGAGAAGUGCGUCGCGGGUGAGAAAGGACGCGGCAAGCGCGACAGAGGAGAGCGAAGUCAGCGAGAGAAGACAGAGAGCGGAGGAGGCUGCGCAGCCGAAGGCGUUCAUUUCGCCUCCGGGUCUCGCUUCGCCGGGUGUCUCCAACGCGACCGCGCCUCCCUUUCUUCCUCCGGGGCUGUCGGCUUCCGCGAACUCAGACGCUUCUCCGCUUCACAGCGCGGCGGCUUCGUCCUCGUCGGUGCUCCUGGAGUGUCUCUGUCGAUCCCUGUCUCUCGCAGAGAAAGAGGAGCUCGCGGACGACUUGAGCGCGGCGCACGCGUACGCAUGCGCGUCCUGGAGCGCAGAUGCGCUGCGUUCGGAGGAAGAAGCGAAGGCGUACUUGCAGCGCGCGUUCAGGUGUACAGACAGCUUGCCGACUGCCCAGCAGCAGCAGAUCCGUGACGCGCUGCGUCUCCUGCGCGAGGCCGAGAAGGCGCAAGCAGACGCCCAGUGUGGAGACGACACAGUCCUGAAGAAGCAUGACUUGAGCGGCGCCGUUUCUGUCUACGUGGCGCGUCUGGUCGCUGCGCUUUGGGGGUUUUCGAAAGACAAGUCCUCGGCGGGCAGCCCCCAAACCCAUCAAACGAUGCCGACAAUUGUCUUCCCUCCCAUCGUCGCCCACUUGCCGUCUUCUGUCUCUUCGGUGGGGCGGAGGACCGCGCCGAUUUCGCCGCCUUCUUCGUUCCACGCGCGGCUGCUGCUCCUGCUCGUGCUCGGCGCAGCGCCAACUGCCUCGGCCUCCACGCAUGCGCGGAGAGCGGACAGAGGCCGGCACGAGGAAGAGACGACCGAGCGGCGCAUGCAGUUGCUCCUCGAGGGCCUGAAGGCGACGCAGGAAACGUUGACGAGCUUCGUGUCGGCGGGCGUGGAGUCCGGCGGCGAGGCCGAGCGCGACUCCGUCUGCCGUGGAGAGAGGGACGGUGCGGGCGGUGAACGGAGGAGCGACGGGAGCGCGUCGCCCGUCUCCGCGCGCGGCGCCGCUGGAGCCGACGCCGGCGACUCUCGGAGAAUCCGCGGAAAAGGAAGUGGGAAGGAAGGGAAGGAAACGGCGAAGAAGGAAGAGCGGGGCGAUCGCGGUGCGUCGCGAGGCUCUGAAUCGCCCAAGAGAAACUUCCUGCCGCUGUGGGAGGCACAAAGAGGAGACGCGGUCUUCGGACCGGACAAAAACUACUUGCAGGCCCUCACGUGGGUCGUAGAACGCCUUUGCGAGCAUCUCGCAGUGGAGGACGAGGAAGAAGAGGAGAGUGGAAGUCGGCAGUCGCUGGGCGUGCCUCAGCAGCUGAAGAAGGGCGGGAGACAGCGCGGAGGCCGGCUGCCGCAGAACCGUCUGCAGACGGCGAAGCGCGCAGCUUGGAAUGUCGAGGCCGAGCAGACGGGGACGGGCGAAAAGCGGGACACGCGCCAAAACAAAAACAGGAAGGAACGCGACGACCUCCAGGCCGCGCUGCGAGACGCCGUCGCCCUCAGGACGCAGCCCGAACUGCAGCAGUUGGCGCUCCUCUCUCGCGACCUGACGCCGUUCAUUCAAAGCACGCGACUGCUGGAAGACAUCCAGGCCCUCGGGCCGACUUUUUAUCGCUUGAGGGCGAGUGUCGACCAGGAAGGAGCUCUGACGUUCUGGUUCGAGCGUUGCCAGGCGGCUCUCGGCGCCGUCACGGACGAGGAGGCGCGAACGCUCUUGCUGUAUCUCCGCGCGGCGGCCACGCAGAGACCCGAACGCGAGCACCUCGAAGAAUUUCCGUCGCUCGUCUCGCGAGCAGCAAUUAGCGGGGGGCGGACCACCGGAGGAGCGGGAGCGGGCGCGCGGAGGAAAGACGGAACGUCUCAGGGAGCGUGGGUUCGCCCCGGCGCCGGAUCUUCGCCCUUCGACGCCACAGGCCGAUCUGCCCAUUUCCCUGCUCUCCCGUCUUCCCGAAGUGCCUCCUCUGCGCGAACCAAUCCGAGAAGUCUCUGGACUGACUCCGAUACGCGUCUGACGCGUCCUUCUUCCCCGCCCUCUUCUUCGUCGUCUUCCUCUUCCUCUUCUUCCUCUCCUUCCUCUUCUUCCUCUUCCUCUUCUUCCUCUCCUUCCUCUUCUUCCUCUCCUUCCUCUUCUUCUUCCUCUCCUUCUGGGACUGCAAAGGCUUCAGGAUGGAAUGCCGCAGCCGCGUAUCCGCCGCUGCCUUCGCCGUCUCCCCAGGCGCUGAGCGUCUCUCUCUCGGCCGGCAAGAAGGACGAGAGCGGAAGAAGAGACGCGCGAGCGGGAGCAGGCAACGUGUGGGGUCGUGGCGUCGUCGAAGAACGAGGAGAGACAGAAGAGGACAAAGUUUCAUGUCCAGCAUGCACCUACGCCAACGCCUCGACGCGCACAUCCUGUCAGCUGUGCGGCCACGUCUUGAGUGUGAAGAAGAGCGGAAAAGGAAAGAGAACUCUUCUUCAUUUCGGCUAG